UCAGAAUGAAUAUUCUUUCGACUAUCAGAGCUAUCAUUCCGAUAUUCAGCUAAGCAGUUACCGUUCUCGUAACUGUAAGUAAUGUGACUGACAUAUACAUUGUGGCCUCAGGCACCAACACAGUGCAAAUGCAGCAAACACCACGGAAUGUGCUAAACUGUCCAGAUCGCCCGCUGGACAAGCCCGCUUCAGGAGAAAGACAAACAAAGUGAUCAUAAGAGCCCUCGCGAGCAACGACUGCCACCAGCUUGGAGCCCACACAAACUAUGCGCGUCCAAAAUAUAUUGAGCGGCCUUUUGGCCAUGGCAAUCCCUUUGGCCUCUGCGACUGCGUUGACCUACAGAAUCGAUGCCAGCGAGAAAGCCUGUUUUUACGCCGACGUUACGCAGCAGGAUUCCAAGAUGGCCUUCUACUUUGCUGUGCAAUCUGGCGGCUCCUUCGAUAUCGAUUACAAGGUCACCGGCCCUCUCGAAAAAGUGAUUCUGGAAGGCACGAAAGAGCGACAGGGCGAUUUUGUCUUCACCGCCCAAAGUGUGGGCGAAUAUAGCUUUUGCUUCAGCAAUGAAAUGUCGACGUUCGCGGAGAAGUUUGUGGACUUUGAGAUUGCGGUUGAAAACGAAUCCAAGGCCCAACUCCCAUCCAAGCAAGGCGCCAGUCCCGAACAAUCAAGCACCAUUGAAGAAUCAAUCAUGAAAGUGUCGACCAUGCUAUCUACCAUUUCCCGUAACCAGAAAUACUUCCGUACCCGCGAAAACCGCAACUUCAGCACCGUGCGCAGCACCGAGCGACGAAUCUUCAACUUUAGUGUGAUCGAGAGUCUAAUGAUGGUUUCCAUGGCCGGAUUGCAAGUCUUUAUUGUGCGCUUUUUCUUCCAGGGCGCGCGGAAAGGCUACGUAUAAUGAUAAAAAUCAGACGGACUAAUUUUUUGGGCAUGGAUUUCAUUUUCAUAACAUUAGCGUGUAUGAAUUCGGAUGAGGAAAGCUUUGGCUUUUUAUUUUCAUUAAUUACCUGGAGUUGAUCAGAAGGCAUCGGUUUAUCCAUUCACUGCUAUGAGGAUUUCAAAACAUUGCACGAAUGGCUUCUUAUCUAUAUCGUAGAUUGUAAAUGCAUAUAUAUAAUACAAGAAUCGAUCUGCUAAGAUUUGAUACAAA